CUCGGAGAAGCGAUGACUAGGUAGAUAGCCCUAUAUAGACCCACCGAGCCAAUGACAUAGUAACCAGACACUUGUCCAUUUGAUACAUCCUCUUUUGCGGUAGAUUCAGCCAUACCAUGUCCCAUUCCGAAAAAGCCAGCCAGGCCCCUCGUGGACGAGGAGCCCUCCACGGUGACCGGAGCGACAAGGGCUCAUCACCCCUUGGCACAGCCAUCUUCGCAGCCCUACGCAUUCUAGAUCCGGUCUUGCAGUAUGGGAUCCUUUUGCCCGGCCCAGGUUCUCUAGCAGCUCCCAUUCUUGGCGUAUUCGGCGGUACUCCAUUACCUCUCGAGUCCCCGCCCGUCGCGCUGGGCCUCUCAUCAUGGCGACUGACUCUGCUGGGUAUGUCACUUCUCGGCAGUUUAAAGGGUAUUUUCUACCUUUUCUACGUAUCCGAAACCAAAAUGCCCGUGAAAACGGCCCUAUUGGUGGGCAUUUUCAAGGCUUUCUCUACAACGGUCAAUUCGCUCAUGUUCUGUGCUGCGGCUACCUCGGCAACAAGCUCCUAUAUUCCUGAUUCCGUCACUGGCUGGCAUCCUAUUCUUUCUAUCGCUUGUGCAAUUUUCACAGUUGGUAUUACUGUGGAGACUGUUUCUGAGCUUCAGCGUAGAUCUUUCAAGAAGGAUCCUAGUGGACGUGGGGUCGGAAAGGUAUACACAGGAGGAUUGUUCCGAGUUGCGCGACAUAUCAACUAUGGCGGAUAUACUAUUUGGAAGGCUGCGGCUGGCCUUGCUGCAUCAGGAUGGGGCUGGGGUGGGCUGACUCUUGUUUGGCUGUUGGCUGAGUUCCGCAGAAGAGGUAUUCCCGCCUUGGAUACUUACUGCGAGAAGAGGUAUGGAGAAGAGUGGGACCAGUUCAAGCGAAGGACUCGGUGGAAAAUGAUUCCAUUUUUGUAUUAGAAUUGAUGAGGAUGGAGAUAUGCACAUGCUCUCUAGAUAGACUAGUUGAGAUGUGGCUGGUGGCUAUUGUCGCCGUAAGCAGUCAAUUUCAAAUAGGAUUAUUCAUAGAGAAACAAAAUGGCGAUAUCGCUCUUCAGCAGCCAGGAAUACGAAGUUAAUUUACGCCGAGACUACAGUCAGCUCGUAUAGGAUCUACAACGAG